AUGACUGAGGCAGAUUUCGACCUGAAGGAGGUGAGGAGCUCCUCCGCUUCAGCAUCCGUUGAGCUGCGAGUCCGGCGUUUCGUGCUGUAUCGCAAGAAACCAUGGCUGCUGCGCACCCCCGCUCCACAAGAAAUAUCGGAAAAGCCACCAGAGAGCGCGGGGGAGAAGGCAGGCAUUCAACUGAGCGGAGGAGCGAGCGGGGAGACAGAAGGCCAGGCGGCUGCCUCCGCAGACGCCAGUGGCGCUCCUCCGCCCGCUGAAGGCAAAGCGUCUACAACGACGACUACUGAGCCCCCUAAGAGUAUUGAAGAACUUUUUCCAACCUUGACGUGGCUUUUUUCAUCGUUUUAUUUCCUGUACUGCAUUCUGUGCAUCUUUCUCGGAGGUCUGCUGCACCUGAGCACCCACUGGUUCGUAAGCCUGGACUGUGUGGUCGGGUUUUCUCGCGCGUCAAUCCAGGAAGCGACGCACGUGCUAGUCGUCCCGCCCAGCGGGAAGCCCUUAGAGCACCGGACGCUGUGUUCUUUGGCGCGUCUGCCGGACCAGAUUUGCUUCUUUUACCGGAAAAAGAAGUUCCUUUUCGUUCCUUCCACAGGAAUCUUUCAGCCCCUGCGCUUCCCCAAAGACCGUCCUCUCGUCGAGUACCUCAAAUGGAAAGGCCUAGAUGCGACUGCGCCGCCGUCUCCUGUCCGCGGUGAGGCCGCGUCAUCGCCUGUGCCGUCUUCUGCGCUGCCAAGCAGCGGUAGCGGGAAGCCGCUUCUUCCAGACUGGAAUCCCUCAGAAGAUUCUGCCGUUCCAGUUGUGCAGGCCAAGUACGGCUCGAAUGACUACGACAUCCCCAUCCCGACCUUCCGCGAGUUGUUCAAGGAGCACGCGGUCUCUCCCUUCUUCGUGUUUCAGAUGCUCUGCGUCUCUCUCUGGCUGAUCGACGAGUACUGGCAGUACAGUCUCUUCACCUUGGUGAUGCUUGUCCUGCUCGAGUGUCAGAUGGUGAAGAAGCGCCUGAAGGACUUUCAGCAGCUUCGCGCGAUGCGCAUUCCGCCCCGCCCCGUGCACGUCUUCCGCUCGGGGGCCUGGAUUCCGCUCCGUUCAGAUCUCCUUCUUCCAGGGGACAUCAUCGCCAUCACAGGCUCGAGCAAGCCCGACGCAGCCGUGUGCCCGGUGGACGCUCUCCUCCUUCAGGGAUCUGCCGUCGUCAACGAAGCGACCCUCACAGGUGCCCCCGCCCGCUCGGCUGAAGCUGCUGACCUGCAGCGACCCGCGACCGACGAAGAAGAGAGGCAGGGUGUUAGAGUCAGCGACGCAGACGGCGCAGAGCCAAGGCAGAAGGCAGACGCUAGCGAGUCCAUUCCGCAAACGAAAGCAGCUCUAGAGCUGGACGACUGCGUAGGUGAGACGCACAGCAACAAGGCGAAGACCGACAAGCAGCUGCCUGAGGCAGACGAGGUUCGCCUUGAUAUGGAGUCGCGGAAUAAGCAGAACGUCAUCUUUGCGGGUACCUCAGUUAUCCUUCACCGAAAUGAGCACGCGAAUUUCCUCAAGACAAAGGUUCCAGAGAAAGGCUGUGUCGCAUACGUGCUCCGAACCGCCUUCAGCACGACGCAGGGAAAGCUCGUGAGGACGAUUCUGUUCUCUCACGGGCGCGUGACCGUGGCGUGUCGGGAGGCUUGGUACUUCCUCGGCCUGCUGCUUAUGUUGGCGCUCUGUGCGUCGGCGUAUGUGCUGCGCGAGGGCAUUCGCAACGCCGAUCGCUCCCGUUUCAAGCUCUUCCUCUCUUGCUCGCACAUCGUGAUGGCUGUCGUGCCUGCGGAGUUCCCCAUCACGCUCUCGCUGGCCGUCACCAUGUCUCUCCUCUUUCUCUUCACCCAAAAGAUUUUCUGCACAGAGCCAUUCCGCGUGCCCUACGCCGGCCGGGUCGACGUCUGCGCAUUCGACAAAACUGGCACGCUGACCUCCGACUCGAUGCGCGUGAGGGGAAUCUAUGGAGCCUGCGCAAGCUCGCCGCGGACGCGCCAGUCGGCGUCGCAGACAGAGUGCGUCGCCGAAGAAGAGACGCUUCUCACGCAGUGUCUGCCGUUCGAGACCGUCGCGGUGGUUGGCUCCUGCCACGCACUCGCCCUCGUCGACGGUCAGCUGCUGGGCGAUCCCCUGGAGAAGGCCGCCUUCACAUCCGUCGGAUGGACUCUCGCCUCGCCCGACUGCGCUCUUUCUGCGCCUCGCCCGCGGCCGCUGCCCACCAGCUCGUCAACGCAGCAGACGCGCAUCUCGGUUGUGCGCCGAUUUCCGUUCUCCUCUGUGCUGCAAAGAAUGACCGUGGUAGCGCGUCUGGAGGGCGCGCGCAUGCCCUGGUGUGGCCCCGCGGCUGCAGCUGAGGCAGCGGCCGCAGCCUUUGCGAGCAACGCGGAAAAAGUUCGCGACGGCCCGUCCGGCGUCUUCGUCGCCUCGAAGGGCUCUCCAGAGAUGAUGAAGAACUUCCUUAAAGACGUCCCGCCGUUCUACGACAGCUUGUACACGGGAUUCUGCAUGAAGGGAUAUCGCGUCCUCACGCUUGCCUACAGAGAGGCAGAGUCGAACCUCGCACACGCCGAGCGUUGGGAGCUGGAGAAGGACCUGGUUUUUGCAGGCUUUUUGGUCGUCACAUGCCCCAUCAAAGCCGGCACAAAGACGGACAUCGACAUUGUCUCGCGCGCAGGCCACAGGGCCAUUAUGGUCACCGGAGACAGCCCUUUGACGGCGUGCCAAGUGGCGAUCGACGUCGGGAUUUUCCGCGAGGGCUCGACGGUGGGUGAGGCUGGAUUCCCUGAGAACGGCGCGGGACGCGGCGACGACGAGAAGGAGCAGGAACUCGAAUUGAAGCCCCUGACGCGCCCUGUUCUGAUUCUGAAGUGCGGAAAGUCCGCGGAUGAGCCGUCUGCUCAUGAUGACGGGGCGGCGACGCCGGGCGCCGCUCCGGCGGCGGCGGGACUUCGUCAGCGUCGCAGCCAGCCUUCGCGGUCGCCAGGAGUGGCAUCGGCGUCGCCCCUUGCGCCGGCGCUGGAGAACUUUUAUUGGGAGAGUCGCGACGGCCAAAUGCGGGUCUCCCUGCUGUCCGCCCUGGGGCCCGCGAAGGCCGCAAGCAGAGACGCGACGGGAUGCUGGACCCCGUUUUCCUCCGAGGGCCUCGCGCAGCUCGGCGCAGACUUCCACCUGUGUUUGACGGGGCCUGUGAUUGCGUCUCUGCUGGAGGCGUGCGGCGCGGAGACGGCGCGGGAGCAGGUGCAGAUUCUGCGGCCUCUGCUGCCGUACGUGGGCGUUUUCGCGCGGAUGUCGCCCCAGCAGAAAGAGCUCAUCCUGCUCGCUUUCAAGGCUUCCGGCCUCGUCACGCUGAUGUGCGGCGACGGCACAAACGACGUCGGCGCGCUCAAGGCCGCACACGUCGGCGUCUCGCUGCUCUGCCAGGAGGCCAACGUGCCCGCGGCGGGCCGCAGCCGCCAGGAGGCAGAGCGGAAGCGCAAGGAAGACGCCCAGUGCAGGGCCCUGGUCGCCUCCGGGCGAGGCUGGAGUGUCUUCGGGGCAGGAGGGGUCGACGCGCCUCAGAAGCCAGAGACAUCGGUCGCUGUCGCGUGUGCAGCGCCCGCGAAGCCAGGCGUCUCUGCCGGUUCGACGGCACUGCAGAAGGAGUUUGAGCGGCGGAUGGAGGACAUUUGGAGUCAGACGGACGACGGGCCGCCGCUGGUGCGUUUGGGCGACGCCUCGAUUGCCUCGCCCUUCACAUUCAAGGGCGACUCCAUUCGCUGUGUUCCGCUGAUUCUCAGAUCAGGGCGGGCGACGCUGGUCACCGUGGUGAUGAUGUACAAGCUGAUGGCGCUGAACUCUGUGAUCACGGCGUUUGCGCUCUCCGUGCUGACUCUGGACGGCGUGAAGUUGGGGGACUUUCAGACGAGCGUGGAAAACGUGCUGUGCACCGUGUUGACGAUGCUGAUCUCCAAGACGCGGCCUUCGCUGGAAAUGGGGCCGUGCCGGCCGAUCGCGUCGAUUUUUCAUCCGACUGUCUUUCUGUCCCUGGUCCUGCAAGCCUCGCUUCACACGUACACCCUGUACACGGCCUGGGACCUCGCGCGCGCGCUGCGUGCGCCGGACUAUACGCCGAACCUCGACGGGCACUUUGAGCCGAACCUGGUCAACUCCGUCGUCUUCCUUCUCAUCGCCUCCAUGCACGCCUCGACCUUCCUGAGUAACUACGAAGGCGCGCCCUUCAUGGCGCCUCUGUUGGAAAACCGGCCGCUCUUUGUCACGCUCGGCUUUCUGGUCGGCUUACUCCUGCUUCUCGUCUUUGAGGUGCUUCCCGAAUUGAAUGAAACGCUCUCGCUCGUGCCCUUCCCCUCCUACGAGUUCAAAACACAAAUCGUCGCCCUCGUCUUCCUCGACUUGGGCGGCGCCUGGCUCGUCGCGUGGAUGCUCAGAAAGAUCGGCUGGCGGUGGGCGCGGCACAGCGCCCGCAAAGCCAAGCCUCUGUGA